AUACAAGAGUGGACCGAACCUAUGAAGGCGUCAGUAGAUCUUGUGCAUAUGUUUAACCAAAUUCUGCAAGUACUUAUCUUAGGUAUGAAAUGUGCCCAUACUAAACUUUGAAAGGUGCUAUGAAAUAUCAUAUAUUACAACCAAAAAUGGAAAAAAAAACCAUCAAAUCAACCAAAAGAGUCACUUGAAAUUAAGUAGGAAAACUGAAAAAGUUAUUUGAAAUCAACCAGAAACUUUAAAAAAUCUCUCAAAAUAUUUGAAUUUAGUUAAAAAUACAUCGGACAAUUUUACAGGUAUUAGAUUUUACCGCAUGAAUGAGAUAUAAUCGAUAAGUUUGGCUUGAAAAUUGGAUAUUAUUAGAAAGUCGGUGUUAUUUUGGAAAUUGGUAUUAUUAGAAAGUUGAUAUGAAUUGGUGUAAAUAUUUGAGAUUAAAAAGUAAAGCAUCCACCCUUUUCUCCUGAAAAAAUUACCACCCUCCCAAUAAACAUUAACCAUCGGUAAAGGUAAAUCACCUCCGACGACCACCGUCAAUGUCCGCCGAACAGCAAGUAUCAUGGUCGGAUUCUUUCUCCCAAGCCCAAACCGCCAUCCAAUCUCUCGCCACUAUCCUCCCCGCCGUCCCUUCGUCGGUCUCCGCCUCCAAUACCCCCGCCCUUGCUCUCCUCACCGACCCCGAUCUCGCCGCCCAAAUCUCCAACCACCUCCGUCAACCAGACUCCGGUGCCGGCGACAACCAACUCUGUCGUUGGCUCUACGACACCUUCCACACCUCCAAAAUCGACCUCCAACUCGUCGUCCUCCGCUUCCUUCCCAUCAUCGCUGGCGUCUAUCUCUUGCGGAUCCCUCACCGGAAACCGCUCGCCGGCUUCGAAGCCGUCUUGUUAGCCAUUUACGCUCACGAAACGACGUCGCGUAACGGCCAAGCAACCACCGUCAACAUUCCAGAUCUAUCUCACCCCAGCGUCUACCAUGAAAGCAAACAUCCAUACAAAAGCAAUUCAACGGAGCUUAAUCUUGUCGUCGUUUCUCCGGGUUUGGAGCCCCAAGGAACGAUCCGAUCCACCAAACGAGCCCGAAUCAUCGGAGUCGCACUCGAAUUAUAUCAUUCCAAAAUUCUCGAUAUGCCUGUUCAAUCGAAGCUCGAUUUGUGUGAAUUUUGCAUAAUUUGGGCAGGUCAAGAUGGGGAUUUCUACAAGGAUUUCCCAAACAUUGAUCAAAUUGAAGACGAUGAUAAAAAGGGGAAAGAAGGUGAAAUGAGCAAAGAAAAGAAAGAAGGGAGGGUUCUUCUGCCAUGGGAGAUGCUGCAACCAAUUUUGAGAAUUUUAGGGCAUUGUUUAAUGGGUAUCAACAAGAACAACAAGAAGAAUAUCGAGUUAUAUGAAGCUGCUUGUCGUGCAUCCAGAAGUUUGUACGCGAGGGCAUUACACGAUAUCAAUCCGAAAGCGAUUUUGGCCAUAGGAAGUCUCCUUAAACUUAUCAAAUUUAGUUCAAUUUGUGUUGAUCAUACUGAAUUACCUGUUACUAAUGUCAUCAAUCUAUAAUGCAUAGAUAUACAUAUUAUGUCUCUAUAGUUUCCCAUGAUGAUGAUCUUGAUAGCUCUCUUUACUGUAGUAAUAAAAAGGGUGUUCAAGAACCCAAGAAAAUAAUCAAGAUUUGCACCCAAUUUGAUUAUUUUUCUGUUUUGUA